AUGGAGGCUGUCGGCUCAUCCAGUCUGGAAGGCUACGCCGGCUACGCGCCCGCUGCCACGCAAGAAUAUACCGUGGGAUCGCAAGCAAGCGGACAAGCGGAUUUCUCGCGCCAGCUGACCAAGCAGUUGACUCGGACAAUCAACGAGAACCUACGACCCGAGGGUGACUUCGACGAGAGCCCGAGAGGCGAGAAUCACAGCCCGUUCAUUUAUCUUUUCACCGCCGGCCUGCUUCGCAUUGGAGCAUCACUUCAGGCAGGAUGCUUGGUGUUCAUGUGCCUCCUUUACCUCGGUUUCGGCGGUGGUGGCUUGUUCGUUUUUGAUGAAUUUGCUGGCCCGGAAUCGGUUCGCAUCUCUGACGCGUUCCAUCUUCUGACCGCCAUUUUGAUGGUCGGGUACCUCGUCGGCACUGUCCUCAUUACCCUCUUCCAGCUCUUCGUCGCUGAUUCGAGCAAGUGGCCUCUCGGAUUCCGGGCCGGCUCCAAGACGCUGUCUUGCGCGGCGACGCUCGACGCCGUUGCAGGAUGCCUCCGCGUCGUUCAGUGCGUCCACUCCUACUUUUUCUCAACCGUUCAGUGGUGGGCGAAGUACCAGAGAACGCAGUCCGACUGGGGGCUGUACCAUCUCUCGAGCACGCUGCAUUCGUUCGCACUUGUCAUGUACGGCGUUGGAUUCUUCCUCCUCGAAAGCUACCACGACCAAGGCACCUACGAGGAGUACGCCUGGGCCAUGCUCGGACUCUACACCACCGCUGGCCUCGCAGAGCUCGUCAUGGUGUACACCGGUUUCGGGGCCUUCUUCACUCUCUUCUUGGUCGCGGCCUUGAUCGUGACGGUCAACUGGGCUUUUCAGUUCGAGCCGCUGCUUGAAAAGUGGUCGCCCGACCUCCACUCGCGCAACCUCAAUGAGAAUAUGCUGCCGUUCGCGGAGACUCCUUCUGAGAAGAUGACUGUGGGUGGAGACCAGCAGUCUGUUUCCAGCAUGCCCGCGUUCGGCACCGCCAGAUACACGACCCGCGAAAUCCCCAUGGAGGGAGGCUCCAGCCCCCAGCACAGCACUUCCUUGGGCGUGCCUCUGUCCACGUACUCCAUGUCUAUGCCUGGCGUCAACCAAAUGCCUACCACCUACGACUACUCUGCGCUGCAUGAGCAGCUUGCGAGCGGGGGAGCCGAGCCUGGCCUCGUUCGAUGA